AGGGAAGGGGUAAAAAUGGUGACAAUGGUAGAAAUGGAUAAGGAAAGAGUAGGAAAGAGAAGGGAAAACGAAAUGUAUUUUGAUGAAGAUGUUUUGCAGGAAAUAAAACAAGAGAAUACAUAUCAAUCUAUCAAUUCAUCAAACUCUCCUGCCAGACGAUCCAACCUUCAAUCCUCUCUCUCCCGUCGCCCGGACCUAGAAUCCUCCUCCAGAUCGUCCAGUCUGACCAGCGGACGAUUUACCCCCAGCAGGACUAUACUGCCGGUUAACAAGGACUACACUAGUCCAAUCAGAUCCGGAUCUACCCUGACUAGAGACUACUCUAGCCUGAGUAAAGACUACUCAAGUCUAAAAAGUGACUACGCAAGUGAUACCCGUGACUAUCUAACUCCUAUAAAAUUAAAACCAAACCCAGGUUUGGAAACUCCAAACAAGAAAGUGUAUUCGAGCCCGGAUCGAUACGAAAUAGUGUCGCCACAUAAAUACGAGGAUAUUUCGAACCCCAGCUAUAGUUCUCCAACCAAGUUCGAACGAGUUGAAUCGAUUAAUAAUCUAGAUUUUAGUAAAUCAGAAUCCUACGAGUUUAUCCAAAGUUCUGCGGCGGAGGAAAAACUACGCAAUAAACUUGAGGCGGAAGAUAGUGUAGACUCGAGCAGUGGGGUGGAGAGGGCGGAUCAGCUGUCCCGUGCCAGAAACUACAUUGGAUCCAGGAAUGGCGUACUGGAAACUAAUCCAGAAACAAAAUGUUUGGAAAAUAAUGUUAUUUUGAGACAAAGAAAUCAGGAGAGAAGUCGAGAUUUAUACAGGAAUAUUCAUUCAGUCAUUUUUUUACUCAUUCAGUCAUUUACUUAUCCAUUCUGUCAUUUAUUUAUUCAUUCACAAUGUUCUCUAAUCUAG